AUGGUUGCACCGCUUCCUGGAGAGACGGCCAUCUCGGCCAAGCGAGCUGAGCUCGCAGGCAAAGGUGGAAUAUUGGGUCUGUUGAGUAACAAGAAGACGUCUGCGAUUGGAUUAUUUGCCUCACUGGGUGGUCUGGUGUAUGGAUACAACCAGGGAAUGUUCGCGCAGGUCUUGACCAUGAACUCGUUUACCAAAGCCACACAAGGAUACGCUGCGACGACGAGUAUUCAGCAAGGCAUGUUGACGUCGAUCCUCGAGCUGGGUGCUUGGGUUGGAACCCUGUUCAACGGUUAUCUCGCCGACGCUGCCGGUCGCCGGCUAACUGUCCUGAUUGCGGUCGUCGUUUUCUGCGUUGGUGUGAUUGUCCAGGCGUGUACGCAGAAUAAGGACUAUGUCUUUGCAGGUCGGUUCGUUACUGGUCUGGGUGUGGGUAGUUUGAGUAUGGUCGUGCCUCUGUAUAACGCUGAGCUGGCCCCGCCUGAGAUUCGUGGAUCGCUUGUCGCUGUGCAGCAAUUGGCGAUUACAUUCGGUAUCAUGGUUUCCUUCUGGAUCGGCUAUGGAACAAACUACAUUGGCGGUACCGGGGACACUCAAUCCAACGCAGCCUGGCUGGUCCCUAUCUGCAUCCAGAUCCUGCCCGCUGUCAUCCUAGCUGCGGGUAUGAUGUUGUUCAUGCCACAGUCACCACGCCACCUGAUGAAUACCGGCCGCGAUGAAGAAUGCCUGCAAACACUAGCCCGUCUGCGUGGUACAUCGACGGAUGACCUGCUCGUCCGAAUUGAGUACCUCGAGAUCAAGAGUCUGCACCUCUUCGAGAAGGAGACUGCGGCCGAAAAAUAUCCCCAAUGGCAGGAUGGAUCGUUCAAGAGUCGCUUCCAGAUCGGACUGCAUGAUUACAUGUCGCUCAUUACGAAUCCUUCGCUGUUUAAGCGGACUACCGUUGCUUGCAUGAUCAUGGUCUUCCAGCAGUGGAAUGGAAUCAACGCCAUUAAUUACUACGCUCCCUUCAUCUUCCAGGACAUGGAACUCCCAGGAAACACAACCACCCUUCUGGCAACGGGUGUCGUCGGCAUUGUCGAAUUCCUCUUCACCAUCCCCGCUGUUCUGUGGGUCGACCAGAUUGGUCGCAAGAAGAUCCUGAUUGCUGGUGCAGCUGGAAUGGCCAUUUGCCACUUCAUCGUGGCGGGUAUCAUCGGGGCUUAUCAGCAUGAAUUUGGCGAACAUCGCGCGGCAGGAUGGACGGUUAUUGUGUUUGUGUGGAUAUUUGUGAUCAACUUUGCCUACUCUUGGGGCCCCGUUGCAUGGAUCGUCACCUCGGAAGUCUUCCCGCUCAGCAUGCGUGCGAAGGGCGUUAGUAUCGGUGGUAGUAGCAACUGGCUGAACAACUUCGCCGUCGCAACUGCUACAUCACCCUUCCUCAGCCAGAGCGCACUCGGUGCUUUCAUCUUCUUUGGCUGUAUUACUACCAUCGGCAUUUUCUACGUUAUCUUCUUCGUCCCCGAGACUCGUGGUCGCACGCUCGAGGAGAUGGACGAGCUCUUUGGAUCGUCUGGUAUGGCUGCUGCUGAUACUGCCCGUAAGACGCGUAUCGAAAGAGAGAUUGGACUUCUGGCUCUUGUGGGUGUCGAAGGCCCCGAGAGUGAGAAGAAGAUUGAGGAGGUUUCGCAUAGUGAAGAGUAUAAGCGUGAAGACGAGGGAGUGAAGCGGAAUUAG